UUGGCUGUUUCAAUACUGCGUCAUAUGUUGUAACGUCCAUUUUUUAACGUAUUUUACGCGGUAACAAUGUUUAUAAACGUAUUUACGCGCGAAAAUAAUUUACUAAUGAAUAUUUUAUCGAGUGAUGUUAAUAAAUAAUCGUACGUUCUAAUAAAUAAAGCUAUUGUUAAAUUAAAUGAAUACAAGAUAGUUGUUAAGUAAAGUAAAGUUAAAUGUAAAAAGGUAUAUAAGUAUUUUAAGAAUACAUUGAGAUCAUAAACUUCGAAAAUAAUGUCUCGAGCAGUGAAAUCAAAGCAGCUGUCAACAAAAUCAAGUACAAAAGAGAAUGUUAUUGAUUCCAUGGGCACUAAGAGAUCUACAAGAGCUAGACCGGCAACUUCUACAACACAAAAUAUCAAAGGUAACGAUAAAUCAUUCAACAUCAAUGUUAUUUCUGCACUUCGAUCACCUGUUCUGCAAGACAGAACCAAUUUGACUUUAGAACCCACAAAAGUUAUUUUAAAAAAAGGUAAAGACGAGAAAGCCGCUACUGGUGUUACGAGAUCCAGUGGGAUUAAAUUCACAAGGUCCAGAAAGUCCAAAGAUGAUGAACAAUCUAAAGAGAUUGGGAGUAAUAUUGAAGAGAAAAAAACUUCAUUAGCUAAAGAUGAAACUUCACAAAGGAAAAAGCAAAAUGAUGAGAAGAUGCAGGGUCCAACUUCAUCAAAUUCAAAAGAAAAAACUAGUGUUAGAGCUGAAAAAAAUAUUCGUCCUACCAGACUAAUAGAAAAAGCUAGUAAUGAUAAAGCUUCUAGUAAUGUUACAUCACUUGAAAAAAAUAAAAAUAUAAAAAAAAUUUCUGAACUACCAGAGGUAGUUAAAAUUAAUACUAGAAGUACCAAAGCGGCAGUUCUUGGAGAAACAACAGAACCUUCAUCAAAGAAAACUAGUUUAAAACAGACGAAAUUAUCAGCAAUGAGACUAAGAAAAACUUCAACGAAGUCUACAGAAGAAGAUAAACCAUCUAAAGAAGUUGAAGAACAAAAAAAACCUACUGUAAGUUCUAUAACACGAUCAAAAACCAGGGAUGUUAAAAGUGGACUUGAUAUUCCAUCAGUUAAAACUUCUGAAGACACGAAAGAAUCUACAAAAAAAAUAACUCGAGCUGAGGAUGUUAUAGAUAUUGCUGAUGAUAAUGAAAAUGAACCAAAAUCACCCCAACAUCAGAAAAAAUCAGUCACGUCUAAGAUUCCAACAAGAAAAUCCACGAAAAAUGUACCAACAACAAGUAGUAAACGAAGAUCUUCAAUAAGGAUAAAAAAUACUGUUAGCGGCAAAAAAUUUUUCUCAAAUAGAUCAAAACCUGUUGGUCAUUCUAAAAUAUCUCCCUUGAAAAGAGCAGUCAUAGGUAUGAGACAGAAGAAUAUCAAGAUAAAGAAAGCACGUGUGAUUCCAGUGCCCCGAGAGAGCUCAUCUUUUCAUUUAAGGCAAACGACAUUGUCAGAAUCAUUUUCUAAUCAUGCUAAAAAAACUUUAAGGCCUAGAAAUACGGAUAAAAAUUAUUGUGAGGAUUCUCAAAUAGUUAACAAACGUAAUUCACCACAACCAGGAGUUAGUGAUGAAAAGAAAGGUCCAAUUUACAAAAAAAUACAAUUAGAAGAAAGCCAAGAAAAAGAUAAAGAGAAGGUUUAUGACUUUAUCCCUGAUAAAAAUGAUGUUCAAAAGAAGAGAAAGAAAAAAGUUGUAAGGAAGGCGCCAGUUAAAAAAGCAAAAACUGUCAUGCCUAAAACUGCUACUGUUAAAAGUCACAUGGAUGCUGUACCUGUUAAAACAUUGAAAAAUCUGAAAGCUGAACAAGCUAAGUCUGCUUCUAAUAAAAAACUAGAUAAUGAACAAAAAAUCGUUCAAAAGUCAGUUGUUGUUCCUAAAAUAUUAACAAAUCCACCUAACGAAACCAAUGCUGCAGUAACAACCUACAAUAAUCCACAUACAAUAGAAGUAACAGCAGAAAUUUAUGCUCCACCAAGUCCAGACAUUGGUCAUGAAGCUACAGAUAUGCAAGAAAUAUUAAAAUUGCCUGAACAGAAUAAACCCAGAAUUAUUUCUGAUCAAGAUUUGCGAGGUGAACAUCGCAUUAACAUAACUGGAACUCCUCUUCAACCAAAAUUAAAAGAAGAAGCAUUUAGUAGACCAUUCCGAGAGACAAAUGCAUUUAACAUGAAACCAUCAAUGCAAAUGAAAACUAUGAUGGAUCAUUCGUUAAUCAGAAGGUCGCUUUCUCCGAUUUCCAAGGCUGAAACUCCAGCUUUUAUUGAAGACACUGGUAGUCCUUGGCGACCGUUUGUUCCAAACACGUUUUCUAGAGUUAAAAACGUCUUCCAAAGUACUCCUCAGGGCGAUAGAUUUACGUCAAACACAGCUAAGACUGCUAUGGGAUUUAACAAACAACUUUUUGGUAAAAAGAUGACGAAAAUUGAGGAACAGAAAAAUGAAAAUGAUAGUAUUUCAAAGAAUAAGUUAUCUCCAGUCAAAAAAUCUGUUAUCUCAAAGAUUCCAGUACAAAGUUCAAAUAAUACAUCGAAAUCUCCAAUGAAAAGCUUAAAUAAUAUGUCUAAAUCUCCAAUAAAAACAGUAAAUCAUUCGAAAUCUCCUCGAAAAUUUGGCACUGAAAUUUCUAAUAUAAAUUUAUCCGAUGAAAAUCAAUGUCAAAGGAGUCCUUCAAAAUCACCACGUAAAUUUGGGUUUGAAAUUUCUAAUAUUAAUCAAGUAAGUACGCCAAAAUCAAGUCCGACAAAAAUUAAAUCUCUUAAACGACCAGUGGUGGAAACUCAAAAUUCACCGUCAAUUAUUGAAAUACCACCAAGAAUAUCUCCAAUACCUGCAGUAUCAGAACCCGUUCCAGAAUUCAAUGAAAUUAUUGAAGACAAAGAAAAUUCAGCUCCGAAUAAUCAAAGUCCACUUAGAACAUCAACAGAAACAAUUCAGGCUCAAACUCCUAUUCGUCCUGCAGAAGAAUCAGUAAUAUCUCCGAUCACUGAAAAGUUUGAGCCUCAACCAGGUCCUUCAGGGUUACAAAAAACUAAAUCUCCAGAUGAUGCUUGGAAACUCAAACAAACAAAUUUGAAUAAAUUCUUAAAUUUACCUGACAUGCCUGAAUCAACACGAAUAAGUGCUGGAGGAAUUUUUGAUGAUGUGCAUUCCACCCCGAUCAAUGGUAAAAAAGUAAAGAAAUUGGCAGCUCAAUUAGAUGUUGUUGAUGCUUUCGGAUUCGAUGAACCUGAUGAUAGCUCUUCAGAAUUAGAAAAAAUAUCACCUAUCAACAGGGAGCCUGUCCCGCUUCAAGCAAUCUCAAACAAGAAACUACUGGAAGAUGCAAGAAAAAACUUGCCUAAAAUUAAUAAAGAUUCUGAAGCUCAUCCUGUGAGAUUCUCUAUGGGUGAAAUCAAGAAAACCUUACAAAAAAAUAAAGAGAAAGAUGAAGUUGAAGAAGCAAUUUCUACAGUUAAUCAGAAGUUCGAUCAUCUAACUAAAAAAAAUGUCGUGCAGGCAAUUAGCUUCACGGAUACCUUUGAUGUAGAAAAUGAAGACAAAAAUACCCAGGAUAUCGUAGAGACGAUCAAAGAAAUUCCGCUGUUUGUCGAUUUAGAACCAGUUCAUUUUACUCAGCCACCAAGAUAUUCGUACAAAAGAAAACGUCAUCAUCAAUCAUAUGAGGAAACCGAAGAUGAAGCUGAAAGUGAUGAAGACGAAAAACAUCAAAAGCGUCCGCAAAAAAAGAAGAAGAUAGGAAAAGCUGAGCGAGAACAGAAGAAAAAAUUAGACAUGUGGGCUAAGAAUAUGAAUGAAACUUUUGAAGAGAUUGAUCACUUUGAUUUAGUAGUCGAAUAAUCAUUAUUUUCAAUAAGUUUUCAAUAAUUGAAAACUACAUAAACGUAAUGAUAUAUUUUUAUAAAACAUCUAAAAUUACAGAAAGUUCAACUGUAAAUAUAGUCAAAAGAAUUUUUAUUACUUUCGAACUGAAAUAAGAUAUAUUUACAAAAAAAAUAUUUACUAAAAUAUAUUUACAAAUUAAUAUUAUAGUUCCUGCGUGCAUAGAGAUUGUUAUUGUUAUUAUUAUUUUUCAUAAGCAGCAAUACAUCAAAUAUAUAAUAUUCAUGACAAUAAACGUACGGAGCAAUGAAUUAAAUUAAAUUAAUCUUACACAUUUUUAUUCGAUGAGUAUUUUUUUAAAGGAUAAUCAAAGACAAAAUGUCAAUUUUAUAUAAUUGUUUUACUUGUAAUAAGUUUUUAUUGAAAAAUUAAACAAGACCUCAUUUAUAGAAUAAUUUCGUACUAUAUCAUUGUUUGUGUAUCAAUGAAAAUUAUAACAUGUCUCAGAUUACGAUUUCUGUUUAAAUAACAAAGAGAGUAGUGUAAAAGAUCAUCUAAUCUUUAUUCUGAGAUAUUUAAACAUUGGUGUCUGGCUGUACCUACUAUUAUCGGUAGUUAUUGCUCAUGGAACAAAGCGUAUAGCUAAUUAUACUGAAGCGUCUAACGAAAAACAUCAAUGCUUAUCUCGACUUACUCAUGUGCUUGAUAAGGAUAUUUUAAGUUUAUAUUCAAUCCACGCGAUCAAUGUUAAAUAAAAAUAUUAUAUAUUUAUGUAAA